UCUCCUACGUGGCAGACGUGGUCUAAGUGGCAGUCUUCUCUUGAGUGUGUAGCUAGUAAGAGUGUUGUCUGUGGAGGUACCUCCUUUAGCUACUAACUUUUAAUAAUUCAUCAUGAGUGAAAUUCGUGUCAGUCAUGGUGAUGCACAAGACAUGCUGGAUGGAAUGGGAGAAAUUUCCGAGGGUGUGCAACUUCCAAAGGAUUUUAUUGGAGCAGAUGGAAAUUUUGAAGCACCCUCUGUAGAGAAGAUUUUGCAAGCUCUUGAAGGGAUGCAGGGUUUAUCUUUAGAGGAUAGAGAAGCAUUGAAAACGCAGCUGCUUCAGCAACAAAUGCGUGAAUCAUAUGGUGAUGAUGAGAUGGAAAACAGUUGGGGACAAAUUCCUGCGGAUUCCUUUCUUGCUAACCAGACAUUUGUUCUUUUAUCUUUGCUGUGUAUCAUCGCAUUUGUUUUUGUUUUCUUUGGACUGAAACUCUACCGUAGUGUAGUAGAGAAGGAACGCAAACGGGAAGAGAAGAGAAAGUUGAAGAUGCAGAAGAAAAAGAAGUAGCUGAACUAUCAAGAAAUUUCCUGUUAUUGAUUGUGUUUUGUUUAAUUUGUCUCUCAAAAUGCUUUUCCUGUGUUUUUGUUUGUUUUGUAUCUAGUUAUGCCUUAAGUACACCUACAUUCCUUAUCCGUGUUUAAAAUGUCUACCUAUGUUUAGAAAGUUAUAUCUGUGUUCAAGAGAAGAACUUUAUUUUACUAUUUAAAAGGGAAGGGAGUUGGGGGAGGGGCGGGCGGGGAGGGGAUGUCUAUGGUGUACCGAUUUUUAAAGAACAGUAGUGUGAGGCACCAGAAAAAAUGUGUACACAAAUUAUUUUAUUAUUAUUGUUUAGGUAAAUCGGCAUCAGGAUGAAAUCUGCAUUGUGUGUACAGGGAAUGGGACCGAGUCGACAUAGUACCUGUUAACCUUGACUCAAUUCCAUAGUAUUUGUGGCGUACUUAAGUUUUAAUUUUAUUAGGUCCUCCCUCGAAAUCUGAGUUUAAGAAGUAUGGUUAUGUUGAACUGUGCUUGAACUGUUUCAGUUUUUAACCUAUACUGGUAAUUAUUAACUCUUGAUUUGUGCACUCCUCAAGUCAUAGAGUAUAGCAUUUCUUUUUAGUUACCACGUCAAAUCAAACCUUUCGUUUGUCCAACAAAAAAGGGAGUGGGAGUACUUCAAGUAAAGUGCAGGAUGUGUGAAAAGUAUUUUUGUUUGCUUUGUGUUUUACCUGCAAGAUCUUAGAUCAGCAAAGACGAGUCAAAUUUAGGCUGAUAUUAAUUUUAGAUAGAUUAAAACAUUUUCUUCUUUGGUCUCAUGUAUUGUCAUCUCUGAGAAAUGAUAGCCAAAAGUGAACUUAAAAUUACUGCUGGUGAACAUCUCUUAAUUAUUUAUGGUCUGAGCAACAGUCAAAAAUGGUGUGGCUUUGGUGUUCUAUGCUUUGGGGUUUAGAAUCUACUACUGUGGAUGUGCAAAAUGUGUCCUGUUAGUCAAUAGGCAUUAAAGAAAUACUAUUGUUA